UUCCAUAUUUCUCCUCCAGCUUCAGAAACCUUUUCUUUUUUUUUUUUGGUGGUCUAAUAACUUCACUGCCUGUGAAUUUUUCUGAAAAAGAACAAAUUUAUCCUUAAUUCCUGUAGAUUAUCCAUUCUUGGAAACUUAUCACUAGAAGGAUACAUUUUUCCUGAACUGAAGUAGCUGAGUCAUUGAUGAUGCACAAUAGAACAACAGCAGCAGCAGCAGCAGCAACGAAGCUUAACAAAAGGAAUGGGCUUUGUUACUCUUCUGGGUAUUGUUACUUAUGAUAUUGAUAUAUAACUGAUUAUUUAUAAUAGUGCCUCCCUUGCUGCCACAAUUCUUGUGGGCAUGAUGCUGACAUAACAACAUCGAAAUCCGAAACUUUAGGGAAUUUGGUUCCAAACUCUUUUUCUCUCUCUAUCUAUUUAGCUGUAUAUAAAGAGAUGGCAACGGCUUCUCUUAUACAAGCUCGGUGGUGUGGGUAUUCCCCGAUUUUUAGUAAUAAUAAUAACUUUAGAAAUGGUGCCUUUGGAGGACCUGCUUCUGCUUCUUCCUCGCAUUUGCCUUCCUCUUCUUCUUGUUCUUGCUGUUCUUCUCACGGACUAAACUUCUUUUCUGGUGUAAAUAGUAAUUGGCGACAUCAAGACUUCAGAGCUCAAGCUAUGAAUACUGCUAUUCGAGGAAACUUUGCAUCAUCCAAGGGAGUUGUGAAUGGAAAUAAUGAGCCUGAUCAUCUUCUUGUUCUAGUUCAUGGCAUCUUGGCUAGCCCAAGUGACUGGAUAUAUGUAGAAGCAGAGUUAAAAAAGCGUCUUGGAAGAAAUUUUCUAAUAUAUGCAAGUGCAUGUAAUACCUACACUAAAACCUUCUCCGGGAUUGAUGGAGCUGGAAAGCGACUGGCAGAAGAAGUUAUGCAAAUUGUAGAAAAGACAGACAGUUUAAAAAAGAUUUCCUUUUUAGCACAUUCUCUUGGUGGCUUGUUUGCGAGAUAUGCCAUUGCUGUUCUUUAUUCAGAGAAUGCAUUGAGUUCUGGCCAGUCCAAUGAUGUUGCUGAUUCUACAGUGUCUAAUGUAGAAGCAGCUUCUUCUGCCAGACGAGGGACGAUUGCUGGGUUGGAUCCUAUCAAUUUUGUUACUCUGGCGACUCCACAUCUUGGAGUGAGAGGAAAAAAGCAGCUUCCAUUUCUCUUGGGAAUUCCCAUUUUAGAGAAACUUGCUCCACCAAUUGCUCCUAUUUUUACUGGCCGAACUGGGAGUCAACUGUUUCUUACUGAUGGUAAACCUAAUAAGCCGCCCCUGCUUUUAAGGAUGGCUUCAGAUUGUGAAGAUGGACCAUUUCUAUCUGCCCUUGGUGUAUUUAGAUGUCGGAUCCUGUAUGCUAAUGUAUCUUAUGAUCAUAUGGUAGGCUGGCGUACAUCCUCCAUAAGGAGAGAGAAGGAACUUGUCAAGCCCCCUCAGCGAUCUUUGGAUGGUUACAAGCAUGUUGUGGAUGUUGAGUAUUGUCCACCCUUCUCAUCUGACGGCCCUCAUUUUCCUCCAGAAGCUGCAAAAGCAAAGGAGGCAGCACAAAAUGAACCCAGUAUGGCAAACACAGUGGAGUAUCAUGAACUCAUGGAAGAGGAAAUGAUACGCGGCUUACAGCAGUUGGGAUGGAAAAAAGUUGAUGUCAGCUUCCACUCUGCACUCUGGCCUUUCUUUGCUCACAACAACAUACAUGUGAAGAAUGAGUGGCUUCAUAAUGCUGGGGCUGGAGUAAUUGCUCAUGUUGCAGACAGCCUAAAGCAGCAGGAAUGCUCGUCCUCCCCACUAAUUACUGCUAGCUUGUAGCUAUUAGGAGCUACAUGCUAGUGCAUUUGUACUUAUAAACAUGCAGAAUUUUUGCACAAUAUAGAUUUAUAAAAGUUCUAAUUACAAAUUAAA